CUGAACAUAGAGAAGUGAAGACAGGAUGCGUUUAGCUCCAAGCAUUUCCACAAAACAAAUUGCAAAACAAACAUUGACAUCAAACAUCUUGUGAUACAAUUAUGGUUGCAGUAGAGUAGUGAACCCACACUGCGGCUAGAAUGGAUCCCUGUUCAGGUGUUGGUAGUUGCACUACUGCAGAAAAUAGUCCACAAUGGUCGAUUCCUAUGCUAGUUAUAUCUGCCAUCAAUGUACUUGUAAUUGUCUGCUAUGAAGUAUUUAUUGUUUGUCGGUCAACUCAGCUUUCACCAAGCAGACGACAUCUUUUCCUGUCACAGGUUUUACUGUUGGGCCUGUUGUCUGGCUCCUGUGUGGGAUUUGCUUAUGGUUUAGAAAUAACUCCAGCUACUUGUGUUGUAAUCAGGUUUGGGACUGGGGUUUCUUAUGUACUGAUCUACUCUAGUUUACUAGUCAAGCUUGUGUUCCUUAUAUCCCUCAAUACAGGGGUAUACCUUCCUGCCUUAUAUCAGGCAUUACUGCUGAUUUUCUGCAUUCUAGUUCAGGUAGUGGUAGAGGUUGAAUGGUUGACCCUAAUACCAGAUUGUAGUUUCAAAUCAACCGACCAUGUAUUUUCCAUAGCGUAUGUGAUAUUUCUAAUAAUAUUUGUUGGGAGUUUAUCAAUAAAAUCUAGACACAUCAAGGAAUAG